ACUAGUGCUAACAAUAUGUUGACUUUGACUAAGUCUAGGUUUGACUCCACUCGUCCCCCACAAAAAAAAACUCCUUUUUCAUCACCAUUUUCUUCUCCUCUUUUUCACAUCUCUCUCUCUCUCUCUCCACCAUUUCUACUCUCUCCCUCUACAAUGGCUUUCCCAACCCUCUUUUCCCUCCUAUUCUCUCUCCUCCUCUCUAUCUCCCCCACCCUCUCCACCAAUUCUGAAGGAAAUGCUUUGCAUGCUUUGAGAAGCAGAUUCUCUGACCCCACCAAUGUCUUGCAGAGUUGGGACCCAACUCUUGUCAAUCCUUGCACUUGGUUUCAUGUCACCUGUGACUCCAGCAACCAUGUCAUUCGCCUGGACUUGGGCAAUUGUAAUAUUUCUGGGUCUUUGGGUUCAGAACUUGGUGAACUCAAACACCUUCAAUACUUGGAGCUUUAUAGGAAUAACAUAGGAGGGAAGAUCCCGAAGGAAUUGGGAAAUUUGAAAAGCCUGAUUAGCAUGGAUUUGUAUGGAAACAAAUUCGAAGGAGAAAUUCCGAAGUCUUUUGCUAAAUUGAAGUCUCUUCGAUUCCUACGCCUAAACAACAACAAUUUACAAGGGCCGAUUCCCAGGGAACUCACAACUCUCACUGACCUUAAAAUUUUUGAUGUUUCCAAUAAUGAUCUCUGCGGAACAAUUCCAGUUGAUGGCCCUUUUGGAAAUUUUCGGAUGGAAAGUUUUGAAAACAAUAGACUCAACGGACCAGAGCUAAAAGGACUGGUGUCCUACGACUUUGGAUGCUGAAGAAGACUGGGACAGCUGGAGCCUCUCCUUCAUGAUUGCUCACGCCAGAAAUCGAUGAAUUAUAUGCUACAUUUUACAUAUCUAUAUUGUGUACUUUAACAAUGGAAAAAUCAUAUAGUAGGUUAAGUUAAACAUAAGUAUUGUAAUUUGUGCAAUAAUAAUGAGCUUCAAAAGCUGAAGUACAAUCUUUGUGCUAAGAUUGUUGUACCAAAAAGUUACAUUGAGUUACUAGCAUCGAGUUGCAAAUUGAGAUCUGCAAUAGCCUGAAGGUGGCUGGCGACAUUUGAUUAGAAACCUUGGCUAUCUUGGCUAUAUAUGUAUUUUUUCA